GCUGUGUCGGGCGCGAUGGGGCUGGCGGCGGCGCGGGGCUGGGCGCUGUCCCCGCUGUCCCCGGGCCCGGCGGAGCGCAGCCGGCCCUACGCUGUGCUGCAGCACCAGAACCUGGUGCUGCUGGGCAGCAUCCUCAGCGCUCUCCUGCUCACCAUCAUCCUCAUGGCCAUCUGUGUCUACCGGCCCGUCCGGCGGCGGUAGCGGAGCGAGAGAAUGCAUCGAGAGGAUGCUGCAUCCCACCCGGUUCUGCCAGCUGGUACCAACCAUCCCAGCACCGCUUCAGUCCUGCCGGUUCUCCCGGGGCAUCCAGAGAAUGCUGCAUCCCACCUGGUACCCACCAUCCCGGCUCUACUCCGGUCCAGCCCGGUUCUCCUCUCCGGUACCCACCAUCCCGGCUCUGCUUCGGUCCCGCCCGGUUCUCCUCUCCGGUACCCACCAUCCCGGCACUGCUCCGGUCCCGCCCGGUUCUCCCGUCUGGUACCCACCAUCCCGGCACUGCCCCGGUCCAGCCCGGUUCUCCUCUCCACCAUCCCAGCUCUGCCCCGGUCCCGCCCGGUUCUCCUCUCCACCAUCCCGGCACUGCUCCGGUCCAGCCCGGUUCUCCUCUCCGGUACCCACGGUCCUGCCGCCGCUCCCCUGAGCUGCUGGGGAUGCGCUGAGGAUGCGAGCGCGGCUUUUCGCCCAUCUCUGCCCGUGCUGUAUCACCUGGCUCCAUCGUGAUGUGGCUUCCAGCAGUGGUGGUGCCGGGCGCUGGGAAUCUCCCCCUCCCUCAGCAAACACUCCUGGAGCUGCUCGAGGUGUGUCCGCAGCAAACCCGUCUGGCUCGGAGCAGGGGCUGGAGCAACGCUCCUGCUUCCCAAAUCCCAGCGUUUUGGCGAGGCUGAUCCGACACCGAUGUGUUUGAGACCAUCCCUGGGACGUGCAGGGCCUGGGUUGUCACAAGAACGAGGCGAGAUUUGGGGACAUUGUCCGAGGAGCAGCUCCACGUGCUCAGUUACACCACCGCUACUUUUUGCUUUCUGAUUAAUUCAGGUCCUCGUUUGAACGCUGAGUCCUGGGGGUUGGACGGGGUUUGGAGCAACCUGGGGUAGUGGGAGUGUCCCUGUCAGGGCAGGGGGUAGAACAGGAUGAGCUUUAAGGUCCCAUUUAAAAAUAUUCCAAAGGUAAAAGCUCGGUGACCCAGCCAGCAGUGGGUGGGGGUCUGGUCCGUUCCUGCCUCUGAGCAGAAACGCUGAUGUGUGACUGAUCCUGCUGUGAUUUUCCCGUGCCAGGCUUCUCCUUCCCAACGUUAUUUGCUUUAACUCCUGGCUAAAAAGCCCCAGAUAGCCUCCCAUCACACCAGCCCUGUUGGGAACUGGGGUGCAGGUGAGGGAUUCCAGCACGUGCUGGUCGCUGUCCUCCUGCAAACAGGAGCCUCCAAAGGUCUGCAAGCCAGGCAGAUGCUCUGGAAAUGUUUGAGCUCCAGCCAGACCCAUUUUAUGCAGUUUCAGUAACAAGUGUUUACACUGAAUCCCAUUUCCAUACCAAUGCUGCUAUUUUGUUUUGCACUGCUACAAGUAGUAACUGGAUUUUACUAAUUAUUACUUUGAUAUUUAACAUAGGGGUGUUUUGCUUAGUAAUUUAUUUAGAGUUUUAAAAUGUUAACUUUCAGCAUUAAUUGUUGUUGACCUGUUCCCAAGCCCUUGUGCUGCAUCUGAGGUGUUUUCUGUUUUGUUUGAAGGACACAGGGAUUUUUUUUUUCUGUUUUGUGAAAUGACAGAGUGAGCCUGCCCUUGAACAGAUGGAGCUGUUAAUCCAAGAGUGAGGCAGCAAGCAGCACUGUUCUAUUGCUUUCUGAUCCCUGUGUUCCUGAUUUUUCUCGCUCCUUCAUCGCUGUGAAGCCUGGCCUGCAGCCUGUGCUGCUCGUGGGGGUGGAUGGUGAAGCUCCCAGCCCCAGCUCUGCAUUCCCAGGAGCAGAAUUCCUGUUUGCUCUCAUUCCUCACUCCCUGCUAUGCCUCUUUGUACAAAUAAAAACGCUCAGUAAACAA